AUGCGAGCACUAGGGCUCGUUGUCAAGGCGAGUGACGACACUGACGACAAGGGUGAGAACAGCUCGGCAUUGCUGACGAGCAGCAUAGAGGUCGAGGUGGAGACGAAUCAGGGGUACGUCUACACAGGCAAGCUGGUGCACAUUGAUGCCCGCUACAACGUUAUACUGCAUGAGGCGCUAGUACGGCGUGCCCGAAGCUUUGAUGUGGAGCGGGCGAUGCUGCGUGAAAAGUCGCAGCGAGAGGCACAGCUCAUCGCAAGCAGUCUACAAGGUGUUGUGGCAGAGGAGGCAGAGGUGGUGCGGAGCACUAAUGAGUUCAUGCCGCGGCCUCGCUACAUUGGCGUCACGUACCUCCGAAGCAACAACAUCUUUUUCAUGCGCUUCAUCGAUGGGGCAGCUAGGACUGGCACAUCGGCUGCUUCUGCUGUCUCCACCCACUCCGCGUUGGGGCGGCUCAGGAGUGAGUUUGUGGUCAUGGCUGCAGCAAUCAAGGCUCACUUGCAGCGAGAGAAGAUGCGCAACCGGGCAGCGCGCCGGAAGCGCCUAGAGGCUAAGAAAAUGACGGGUGGCAGCGGCGGCAGCCGGUAA